GCAGGGAGGGGCGAUGUGGCGGUGCGUGUCCUUAAGAGCCACUGUUCCCAUUAGUCUAGUUUAAAAACAAACCAAGGCGCCAACAUUUCCCCUAGUAAAAUUAACAAACCUUCCGGCGGACGGGGGAGGUUACAAAACUCAAUAUUUUGGACAGAGGUGGGUUGACUCGGUCCCUUUAAUUCUCACCGGAUUGGCUCUCUCCCGUGUUAUUCCUCAUGGGGAAACCUUGGCCGUUCUGUUCCAGACCAUAUUGCAGCUGGGAAAGCAGAGGAAGAUGUCCUGAGCUGGUGCCUUGAUGUGAGGAAAUGCUCACAGGAUGCCUUUCACAAUGCCUGUGGGCAUGAGAAGACUCCCGCAGUGGCCGAGUGUCUGGUGGGCGUUUAGCAGCCAUGAUGUGGGAGUGUCAGGUGGUGAGGAGACCAUGUCCCCGGCUUGCUGAGGCUUGAGAUUGACUAAGUCUGGUGAAGGUGGCCUGGGAAGGAAGGACACACGUGGCAUCUUGGAAAGUGGCAUCUGACGAGAUGAGGCUCCUCAGCAGCCCAUUGCGCCGGAUGCUGUUGGGCCUCCUGAAUCUCUGUGAAGGAGAUGGAGGGAGUCCUGCCAAAUGCUGUAUCCUAAACCCCCACCGCCUGCUUCGGAGGCAGAAUUUUGGUGCUAAAGUGACAGCCACUGAGCUGGUCAGCUACUGGCGAGGUGUGUUUGAGGCGAACGGGAUCCCUGAAGCACAGGAAUCCAGCGAAUAUAUCGUUUCCUACGUCCUGGGAGCAAAGACAUUUCACAGCUUGGGUGCUGGCAGCUUGUCCACCCCGCUCACAUUGGAGCAGCGGCAGCAGAUCCAGAAGCUGAGUACGAAGCGGCUACAAAGGAUGCCUGUGCAGUACAUCCUUGGUGAAUGGGAUUUCUGGGAACUGACCCUCAAGAUGAAACCCCCAGUCUUCAUUCCUCGGCCUGAGACAGAGGAUCUUGUCUCCUUGGUGUUGGAAGAAGAAAUCCAGAGGAGCGGGAGCCCUGCAGUUAAUGUGGGUCAUCAGUGCCCCACUGUUGUCCCUCACCCGGUGAUCCUGGAAAUUGGCUGUGGCUCAGGGGCCGUUGCACUGAGUUUACUGAGCAAACUGCCCAUGAGCCUUGUGAUAGCUGUGGAUAAAGAGGAAGCUGCUGUGAAUCUCACCAGAGAGAAUGCUCAGAGGUUACAGCUACAGGACAGGAUAAGAAUUCUCCGCUACAAUGUCUUCUCUGGUUCCUGGGAGCAGCUCCUCUCCUGGGGUCCUGUGGACACUAUAGUCAGUAACCCACCUUAUGUCUUCCACGGAGACAUGACUCACCUGGCUGAAGAGAUCCUCAGCUAUGAGGACCUUGGUGCCCUGGAUGGGGGAAAUGAUGGGAUGAGAGUGAUCAAAAAAAUUUUGGCUCUGGCUCCUUGUAUCCUGAAGGAUCGUGGGAGUGUGUUUCUAGAAGUUGAUCCCAGACACCCAGAGAUGGUGGAGAACUGGCUGCAGAGUCGCCCUGACCUAUCUCUCUCUGUCUCUGCUACCCACAAGGACUUCUUUGGCAAGCCGAGGUUCCUACACAUCCAGAAGCAUAAAGCAGGUAUGCUCGGAGAUUCCAGAACGAAUGCUUCAGAUUUAGUUCUGUUCCAGCAACCCCUGUUGUUCCUGAGUGAUCCUACCACGACAAAGCACCAAGUGCAGCCUGUCGCUUCUGAGCAGCCCUCCAACAACAGCCAGCAUGCACAGUCUUGCCCUCCUGAGUAACCUUUCAGUAACAAACCAGCACAUGUGCAGCCAUUAUUCCCAAACCAUCAGUAUUCUUCAUCUCAGACAAUGGGAUCCAUAAUGGAAUGCUUUGUGAGGAGGAUGUGGGAUGGGAUUAAACCAGAAUUUAGUGGUAAUUGACUUCUUUCUUUGGCAAAUCUUGUUUUAGACAGGAAGGGGAAAGCCUUGUAUCUGAAGACUUGAGGACUGGACACCCCAUCAUCUCAGGCAUCGGCACUCUUACAUCAGGAUUAUCUGGCUAUUAGACUCUCUCCACAGACUCUAUGCUACCAGCACUCCUACCUGUCUUC